AUGAGUGAAAGUGCCCCAGAGAUAAUCUUCAGGUCAGGAAACGUUCCGGUCCGCUUUUUCAAGGCCUGUCGAUGGUGUAGGAAGCAGAAAAUGCGUUGUGAUGCACGGACGCAAGUUCCCUGUUUCCGCUGCCGUUCGGCUGGUCGGGAUUGCAUUCUGGAUCCGAUGGAGGACGGGAGACGACACAGUGAGCGUCGGAAGAAGACCGGAGCCCCAUCAACACGAGGACAUGGAACCACUUCCCCAUGGGGUCAUGGCAGUGGUCUGAACACGCCCGAAUCAAGAGAGCGAGAAUAUUCGCCGGUCUCAGCAAGGGAUACUGCCUUUCACGAUGCUUCCAUAGACUCCUUGCCGGGGCCUUCAGCAUUGGAAGACUUACGAGCGUCUCAAACUGCUGAGCAAAAUGGACCAGAAUCUCAGCAACUAAGCCCCAAUGAUAUGAUCGCGCCGGUAGGAGCAAUGCAUUCUAUGUCAGUUAACUUGCUAGGGUCCAAUAACAUAUUCAUGGAUAAUCCAUCCAACGGUGACACGAAAGGCGAUAUAGUAACACGAGGCAUUGUUAGUGAGGAGCGAGCUCGAGUUAUGUAUGAACGAUUCAUGGGCGGAAGCAAGAAUUUCCUGCCAUUAUUCGACCCGAUUCGAGACACCUUUGACUCCAUCCGUUCCCGGUCUGUCUUUUGCUUCACAGUCAUCAUCUACCUAGCCAGUCGCGCUGUGACGGACUUGCGCAGCGACACACAUUUGCAACGAGUCCUCCAGGAUGAAGCGCAGCGACUGGCCGAGGAUGGCUUCUUCGAGCGACCUACGAAGCUGGAGGCGGUUCAAGGAAUGAUCCUACUAGCGGCAUACUCUGAGAAGACAUGGUUUUCCACAGCGCUCAUCCUCCGGACAGCUCUGGAUUCCGGCCUAGAAAAGUCGUUGGAUACAUUGCUGUCUCAAGAGAACGUUCCCCGGAGUUCCCUAACCGCCUCUAUGGCAGAUCGUCAGUUGGUAUGGCAGACUAGAACCUGGCUAAUUAGCUUCACCUUGGAAUUGGACGUAGCGUCGGGCACUGGCCGUAAAUCACGCAUUGCUGAGGUGGAUAUCAUGAAGUUGCGCAAAUUCCUUGAGUAUCCACUCUCACUGCCAUGCGAUAUGCGCACUGUAUGCAUAAUUGAGCUUCAUCAACUUCGAGGCCAGUCCCGGGUCAUCAUUGAGAACUCAUCAACAAUCGACCACAUAGUCUCGACGGAGCUGCCCGCUAUCAUGACACGGUUGCAGAAUUGGUGGACCACGUGGGACGAGAUCCACGACAAUAAUGGAUUUCAUGCGGGAGCAUUUCAACGCAGCAGCCUCAAACUCAUGCUCAACUACGCCAGAAUAUUCGUUCUCUGCGCUUCGCUGGCACGAAUUCAGAAGUUACAGUCGACUGCCUCGUCUGAUUCUGAAACUAUGGACCUGCGAGUUCUAAACCUAUGGCAGUCCCUUGUGACCACGAUCAUGGACCAAUUAGCAUUUCUCAUCACAGAGCCGGCCUACCGCUGUCAACUGGAAUGGGCCCCGACGUACCCAGCGCUGACGAUCGCUUUUGUCACAACAUUUGCAUUACGCAUCGCACGGUGGCGCCCAACGCUCAUUGAUCAGGAUUUACUGCUAGAACGAGUACACCAUAUCUGCGAAUUUCUUAAACAACCGCCGUACCCGGAUAUUCACCGCACAGUCUCCCUCUUUGUGAACUAUGCCCGCGCUUUGAUUGUGAGUCAGCGCCCACACAGUCAUGACCGUGCAGAUGCACCUAAUAUGCCCGAGCAUGGCGACGUGCAGGAACCUCUAAGUGGACGCAGUGACGCCACCGUGGUUACGACCCCUCCAACAGGGCUGGUCCCACUGGAAGACACUAGCUAUAGACCCGGCGCGGCUUUCCCAGGUGACAAGGACACAAGUGCGGUAUCGAUGCCAAGUAGCGACAAAGCUGUGGUAUCUAGACCGCCUCUUUCAAGAUUUGCUGGUACUAUGGAAGCGCCCAACUGGACCAUGUCGAACAACCCCAUUGCAGAUUCCUUUGGACUUUUUGAGGAGGGCCAGAAUGAUUUAUUUGACUUCUUGCCUGUGAUGCCUUCUUUGCCACAAUAA